AGUCACAUGUCAUAACAGUGGAAAGUACAUAUGCAACUAUUCUUAGCCCUGGAAUGUAUACACUGUCUCCCUGCCCAGUGCUUCUUUCCCGAAGUUCUAGAAAACUGUGAAAGUACCGUUAGCAUAAACAAAUCCAGAACUCUCCCAGGACAAAUCAUCUGCCAACUGAAGGAAAGGCUUGGGUUUAUGGUCUCACUUGGAUCCAGAGGUGGAAGCUCUCCGGAGGGACCAGCCGGACCAGGCAUCAUCAGUGGAUGUCACUGCAGCAAAUGAAGAUUAUCUGAAGAUGCUAUUUGCCUAUUACCUUUGAGAGUAAUCACAACCAAAAAGAGAGGUGUUGGCUGUGAGGUCUUGGGUGUAGGUGGCCUCUCUUUCCAAUCUUCACUAAGCAACAUUCUUGGCGUUAUCCACAAGCAUCUUGGUGAAUAGACAUAGAUGUUGUAAGUCUUGGAGCCAACACAGUUAAACACUUCAGCACAUGCUUCCACUUGGGACCUCUUCCCCACCUUGUAGAAUGGAUGAGGAGUUGCCAGAUGAGUUGCUCUUCAAAGACCAUGACUUCUCCUCUGACUUACUGAGGCAGCUCAAUGGCUUAAGGCAAAACAGGAUGCUGACUGAUGUGAGCAUCUGUACCGGGACCUGGGAGGUCCCCUGCCACCGAAGUGUGCUGGCCUCCAGCAGCCCCUACUUCAGGGCCAUGUUCUGCAGCAACUUCCGGGAGAGAAGCGAGCCCAAAGUCCAGCUGAGGGGCAUCGACCCCCCAACUCUGGACCAGAUCAUCUCGUAUGUGUACACUGGGGAGGUGCACAUCACAGCUGAGAACGUCCUGCCUUUGAUGGAGGCAGCCUCCAUGCUACAGUAUCCCAAGCUUCUGGAGGCCUGCUCCUCCUACCUCCAGAGCCAGCUGACCCCCGGCAACUGCCUGGGCAUGAUCAGACUCUCUGAAAUCUUAAGUUGUGAGAGCCUCAAGAAGAAAGCCAGGGAGGUGGCCCUGACGUGUUUCCCAGAGGUGGCUGCAUCGGCAGACCUGAAGGAGCUCUGCGUCUUGGAAUUGAGAGACUAUCUGGGGGAUGACGGGCUCUGUGCGGAGGAGGAAAAGGUGUUUGAGGCCCUCAUGGUUUGGGUCAAGCACGACCUCCAGGCCCGGAAACGACACGUGCAGGAGCUGUUCAAGCAAGUCAGGCUUCAGUACAUCCACCCGGCCUUCUUCCACCAUUUCAUCGCCAACAAUGCCCUCCUUCAGUCCUCGCCCUCAUGCCAGACCAUCCUGGAGACAGCCAAGAGGCAGAUGUUUGCUUUGCACAGUGCCACCAGUGCCCCAGACCUCCAACCUCCAUGGCAUGUCCCCCCAAGAACCUCUUACCAAGAUUUCCUCGUCCUCUUGGGUGGAAGGAAGGACAGCCAGCAGACCACCAGGGACGUUCUGCUGUACAACAGACAGACCGGCCAGUGGCAGAACCUUGCCAAACUCCCGACCCGGCUGUACAAGGCCUCAGCUGUCACUUUGCACCGCAGCAUCUAUGUGCUGGGAGGCAUGGCUGUCGGCACAGGGAAGAACAUGCCCAGCCACAACAUCUACAUCUACUCCCUGAAGCUCAAUCAGUGGAGGCUGGGGCAGCCCAUGCUGGUCGCCCGCUACUCGCAUAAAAGCACUACCCAUAAGAACUUCAUCUUUUCCAUUGGGGGGAUUGGAGAAGGGCAGGAGGUCAUGGGCUCCAUGGAGAGAUACAACAGCAUCUUGAACAUCUGGGAGAGUAUGGCCAGCAUGCCAGUGGGGGUUCUCCACCCUGCAGUCGCUGUGAAAGACCAAAGACUCUACCUUUUUGGGGGAGAGGACAUCAUGCAGAAUCCUGUGCGCCUUAUCCAGGUUUACCACAUUUCCAGAAACACAUGGUUCAAAAUGGAGACCAGAAUGAUCAAGAAUGUGUGCGCCCCUGCAGUGGUGCUGGGGGAGCGUAUUGUCAUCGUGGGAGGUUACACGAGGAGGAUUCUUGCUUAUGACCCUCAAUCCAACAAAUUUGUCAAGUGUGCGGACAUGAAAGACCGCAGGAUGCACCAUGGGGCCACGGUGAUGGGGAACAAGAUCUAUGUAACGGGUGGGCGGCGGCUGACCACAGAUUGCAACAUCGAGGACUUGGCCUCCUUUGACUGCUAUGACCCUGAGACGGAUACCUGGACAUCCCAGGGACAGCUUCCUCACAAACUCUUUGAUCACGCCUGCCUCACUCUCCAGUGCAUACCUCACACUCCCACCUUCUCAUGAAGUCGGCGAGAAACUAUUGGUCUUAGCCAAGAUGCUUUCUGUUGCAAGGGACAGAAACCCAAUUCCAAGGAGCUUAACCCUAAAAGGAUGCAGGAAGUGCCCGCAGGACUGAAAGUUCCGGAGCCCGGAGGCCUGAAACCAGACAUAUUGUUGCCAGAACUCUCUGUCCACACCACAACUCUCUCUCUCUCUCUCUCCCCCUUUCUCUUUCUCCUCACUUUCCCUCCUUCUCUACCUCAUCUCUACUAGAUUUCAUUCUACAAACAAGUUUCUUGAUCCACAAAUUAUGAAGACAAUGGCAACUGAUAAACGCAGACUCACAUUUUCUAACUUUGCAUCUUCAAGACAGAACUUGACCAUCAUCCAUAUAUUAAUCCUGAAAAUAAUCCUAAUUGGACGUUUUUUAAUUCCAUGGCUUCCUCUUGAGUCAAUCACUGUUUCCAGGGCUUGUGCCACUGUGUAAUCCCAGAUCAUGUCCCUACAGGCUGAGGUCAUGUUAACUGUUAUCACUGACAGUCUAUCCACUGCACAUGAUGAGAUAGAGGCAGUUUCCCCAAAGGAAGAACUGCUGGGCUGACCAAAACCACAUCUGCCCAGAUCAUCAUGGAAAUCCAGAACUAAAGGGCUGAGAGACCCGGAAGAGUCCCUAGAAGCAGGUGGUCCAGGUGGCAGUGUGAGACAUUGACCGUGACCCUGUUUCUUUGCAUUCUAUGGAUGUAGUACAUUGGGAUUCCAGGGAAAUAUGUCAAUCCAGUUUCUAGGGUUUGCAAAAUUAUCUAUGCUGCCAGAAUAAAGUUUGUUUCUAGUGCCAAAGGAUGUUUUCCUCCAGCCUCUGGGGAGCUAUAAACCUGCAGAAUUAAUCAGGAUUUUCAUUUUGGUAAAUGUUAUGAGAAUUGCUCUUCCGAGGCAAGCCAACAAAUUCCUUCACAGAUUCCAGCAAUUACUGCCCUCUCCAUGCCAGGGCUGAAUAUCCCCUAGCCCUUUUUAUCUCAAAGUUCUUCCCAAGCUGGCUCAAUCCCAAGCUCGAGAAUAAACUGAAGAUGGUGACACAUUAUAAUCACCUGGGAAGCUGUUUGAAAAUGGGGCUGAGCCGCAUUCCGGAGGGACAGACAGGGAUUCUCAGGUGGAGCCUAGAUCAUUGAAAUGUGCGGUCAGGAUUAAGAACCACCAUCCUAGGCACUUGGGUGGCUUAGUCCAUGAAGUGACCAACUCUUGGUUUCGGCUCAGGUCAUGAUCUCACAGUUUGUGGGAUUGAGCCCCUUGUCAGGCUCUGUGCUGACAGUGUGGAGCCUGCUUGGGAUUCUCUCUCUCUGCCCCUCUCCUGCUCUCUCUCGCUUUCUCUCUCUUAAAAAUAAAUAAAUAAAUAAACAAACAAACAAACAAACAAAUAAAUAAAUAAAUAAGCAAGCAAGCAAGCUUUUUAAAAAUUAAACAAAUAAAAAAACAAGAACCACUGUCCUGCUCGGCUGCAGGUACUGAAACAUUCGUGUGCUGACCCGCUUCCCAGCAUGUUCUGGCCAGCCCUGUCACCACCCAAUAGCAUAGGUAAAGUCUUCUCUCUAGCAAUGGAAGCAUCUGGAAUGGGUCUCACUGCCCUGAACCUGGCACCAGAGUGACCCCAAGCUGGAGCCUUCCUCCUACCCUGCUCUUCAGGCUCAUGUUCUGGACUUACCCUUUCUUCAUAAUUUGUAUUUUUUGCCCUUCAGUUUCUCCUGCUGGGGUCUGAAGCUCUGCUCUGCUCCCCAGACCACUUGGCUGUGGUCCAGACACCUGGCCCAGAUUAUCAGCCCCUACUCUUGAUCAUGAUCACUGUCACCUUAGCAGUUGGCUGGCCUCUUACUAUAACCUAUUCUCUUUGAACCUCUCUAUUCAGGCUCUCAAUCCCACCUCUUCCAGUGAUGCUUCCAGUGCCUAAAUGGAGGUCCAUUUUGAUUUCUCAUCUGACUUGACCAUUCAACACAGAUGACUCUCUCUCCAUCUAGAAAUGUCUUCCUCACUCCACCUCUGGGACACCAUUCACUGUCUCUUCCUACUGCGUGCAGUUCAUUCUUCUCUCUUUCUUUCCCAACUAAUAAAUGGAGGUGCACUCCAGUGCUCAGCCCUUACACCUUUUGUGCAUCUACCCUCACUCCCAAGGUAAGAGACACCCCCCGCCCCAGUGUAGGGCUUAUCAUUCCAGCUAUGUGCUGCUGACUUGCCAGUGUUCUCCGGUUCCAGACUCUACAGCUUGCUCCAUGUUUCCACUUGGAUGUUAAAUACCUCAAUGUAAACAUGUUCAAGAACACUUUUUCCUCCCGUGAUAGGCUUCCCCAUCCUGGGAGAGGGAAACACCUGUGUCCCAGUUUCUCAGGCCCAAAGCCUUGGAUGCUACUCUUGGCUCUUGGCUCUCACACCCAACUCCAUCUGUUUCAGGUGUGACAGAGCCCAGUCGCCUCACCAGCCACAGCUCUUACUAUGGUCCAAGCUGCCAUCUUCUCUCAUCUGAACUCAUCACUGGUGUCUCUGCUUCCACCUUUGCCCCCAAAUCUCCCUCAACCCAUCAGCUUGGAGCAUCUUUCACAAAUUUAUAAGUGAGAAUAGAUCCUUCCCUUGUUUAAAAUUCUGCAAAGCUUAUACUGGAAUUAAAGUAGAAAAGUUGGGGCACCUGGGUGGCUCAGUUGGUUAAGCAUCCGACUUUGGCUCAGGUCAUGAUCUCAUGGCUUGUGAGUUCAAUCCCCUAUGCUAUUGGGUGGCAUCAGGUCCCACAUCAGGCUCUGUGCUGACAGCUCAGAGCUUGGAGCCUGCUUUGGGUUCUGGGUCUCCCUCUCUCUCUGCUCCUCCCCC